AUGGAAAAUUCUAGUCAUAAAAGGACACAUGCACCAACUCAAUUGAAAUUGACUAAAGAUGAAAAAGGUGUAAAUAUGGAUCAAAGUCUAUAUAAGAGUAUGGUUGGGAGUUUGCUGUAUCUUAUAGCUAGCAGACCUGACAUUACAUUUUCUGUAGGAGUAUGUGAUAGAUAUCAGUAUGAACCCAAAAUGAGUCAUAUUAUUCAAGUAAAAAGGAUCCUGAAGUAUAUCAAUGGAACUAGUAACUAUGGAAUGUUGUAUUCUUAUAAUGCAAACUCCUUGCUUACAGGAUACUGUGAUGCAGAUUGGGCAGACAGUGCUGAAGAUAUAAAGAGAAGUUUUGGAGGAUGUUUCUUCUUGGGAAAUAAUAUUAUAUCUUGGUUCAGUAAGAAGAAAAAUCAUGUGUCCUUAUCUACGACUGAGGCUGAAUAUAUUGCAGCAGGAAGUAGUUUCUCUCAAUUAAUUUGGAUGAAAUAA